UGUGCCAGGCAGCACUGCCUCGCCUCCUCCUGCAGACUGCUCAUCAAUAAGCUGUAUUAGCCCAUCUCUAAUCAUAUUGCGAGGGACGUCAGAGGGAGAGCGGGAGCAGGGCAGCCCCGGCUCUGUGCGCAUCGCCAGUGUGUGUGUGUGUGUGUGUGUGUGUGUGUGUGCGUGCAGUUGCGGAGGGAGGGGUGUAUCGUAGCGGGGAGCUUUUCCCUGUUGUAGUAACCAACCGCACACCGGCUGCCAGCCAUUACUUCACUGCAGCAGCAAUCAGCCCUUUCGUACUAAGUGAGCCAGACACACUAACCUGUCUGUCCCCUCCUCCUGUCUCUCUCUCUCCCUCUCUCUCUCUCUCUCUGCACAUUCAGCAGAGCUGCCCUGCUCUCCUCCUCCUCCUCCUCCUAAUCACUCUGCCUGUCCUGCGGCGUUGCUCUUUGCUUGAAGGGGACGCUGGCCUGCUCCUCACACACUGAUUCUGCAUGACUGUCACAAAGAUGUCAUGGCGCCCGACCUACCGAAGCUCCAAGUUUCGAAAUGUCUACGGCAAAGUGGGCAACCGGGAGCACUGCUUCGACGGCUUCCCCAUCACCAAGAACGUCCACGACAACCACUUCUGCGCCGUCAACUCCAAAUUCCUGGCAGUCGUCACCGAGAGCGCCGGCGGGGGCUCGUUCAUUGUCGUACCCGUAUCCCAGUCCGGUCGCCUGGAUUCUCACUGCCCAAAAGUGUGUGGUCACCAAGGCAACGUACUGGACAUCAAGUGGAAUCCCUUCUUUGAAAACAUCAUAGCAUCCUGCUCCGAGGACACCUCGGUGCGAGUGUGGGAGAUCCCCGAGGGCGGGCCGAGGCGCAACAUGACGGAGGCGGCGCUGGAGCUGUACGGCCACAGCAGACGGGUGGGUGUGAUCGAGUGGCACCCCACCACCAGCGGCAUCCUCUUCAGCGCCGGCUACGACUACAAGAUCCUGAUCUGGAACCUGGAGAUCGGAGAGCCGGUGAAAAUGAUCGACUGCCACACGGACGUCAUCCUCAGCAUGUCCUUCAACACCGACGGCAGCCUGCUGGCCACCAGCUGCAAGGACAAGAAGCUGCGCGUCAUCGAGCCGCGCUCCGGGGCCGUCCUUCAGGAAGCCAGCUGCAAGAACCACCGCGUGAACCGAGUCGUGUUCCUGGGCAACAUGAAGCGACUGAUCACCACGGGGGUCUCGCGCUGGAACACCCGGCAGAUCGCUCUGUGGGAUCAGGAGGAUUUGUCCAUGCCCAUCGUGGAGGAGGACAUAGACGGCCUCUCAGGACUGCUGUUUCCCUUCUACGAUGCUGACACACACAUGUUGUACCUGGCAGGAAAGGGGGACGGAAACAUCCGGUACUUUGAGAUCACCGCGGAGAAGCCGUACUUCCAAUACCUGACGGAGUUCCGGUCCCCGGCCCCACAGAAAGGCCUCGGUGUGAUGCCGAAGCACGGGCUGGAUGUGGCCGCCUGCGAGGUGUUCCGCUUCUACAAGCUGGUCACCCUGAAGGGUUUGAUCGAGCCCAUUUCGAUGAUCGUCCCGAGAAGGUCGGAUACAUACCAGGAGGACAUCUACCCCAUGACCGCAGGAACAGAACCUGCACUGACAGCGAGUGAAUGGCUGAGCGGCAUUAAUCGAGACCCGGUCCUAAUUUCCCUGAAGGAGGGUUACCAGCAACCCAACCAGUUAGUGUUCAAGGCCCCAGUGAAGGAAAAGAAGAGCAUGGUAGUGAACGGGAUCGACCUGCUGGAGAACGUUCCACCCAGGACGGAGAACGAGCUCCUGCGGGUGUUCUUCCGGCAGCAGGAUGAGUUGCGGCGUCUGAAGGAGGAGCUGACCACCAGGGACGUGCGGAUACGGCAGCUGGAGCUGGAGCUCAACAACCUGAAGAACGCCAGCCCCAACAACGUCUGACCUCUCGCCCUCCCGCAUAGGGGUGGGGAGGGGUGGGGGGGUGGGGGGGGCAAAGCUGCCUCCUUUGCCUCCAAUUCUGACCUCCAACGAGCUUCUGAGCCCUCCUAUGCCUCUUUUUUGAUAAAUCAUAACCUUAUUUCUGCUGCCCUGCAUAGUGCAGCGAUGUGAUAAGUGUUGGGUAAUGUCUUAACCGGGGGGGGGGGGGAAUGACUGGAUUAUUGUAUUCGUGGCAAAUAUGACGAGUGAAGGGGAAAAGGCCACGUUUGUGCAUUCAACAAACAUGAUUUUAAAAUCCAUUUAGGUGACGUCUAGUUUUACGACUUGCAUAGUUUCUGCCAGACCUCCUGAGAGGUGGUCUCACUGUGCCUACCCCCCAUCGCUCACACACACACACACCUCCUGUAAUGACCAAACCUGUUGUUUGUGCUGAGGCAAAGCUGGAAGCUGGAGGGAGAAAAGACGAUCCUUGGGCCUUAGACCGCGCUGCAGCCACCUGCAACGUCUUUUCAAAAUGGCCGACAUGGGAGAUUCCUUUGCACCCUGACAGACGAGACACGUUUUUUUUUUUCUUCUUCUUUUUGCCGACGUGGAUGAUGUUUUCCACCGAGCUGCUAAUCCCGUAGAUUCUUUUCCUUUUGUUUAAAUACUGGGAAGGCAGCGGGGGAGACAAGGAUCCACUUAUGUAACAGAUAUAGGUUUCAAAGGAAGCUUUGUCUGGCUGUUAUUGGAUUUUAGGGCUCAUUUUGUGGAUGGAGGAGCCUAAUGUGUAUCUACUUCUAUUUAUUUGUCACGUUUGACCUUUGUGUAAACGUGUUAAUCCCCUGGUUUUUGUAUGAUGUGGCAGUUAAGGGUGGUGGCGCUCGAUAGAUUUUGCUGAAUGUUGCAGGAUUUGUGUGAAACUGUACCUUUAAACUUAACACAAGGUAUGCAAUUAUAAUCUUGCCUUUUCCCAACAGUGCAGAAAACUGUUACAAUAACCACCCUUUUACAUUUAAAAAAAAAAAAAAAAGUAUGUCACUAUUAGUCAGAUGUGUUCAACUAGAUGUGUAAUGUUGACCUAGAGCCUCCAGGUCAGCUGUCUCUCCUCCUCCAUUCAACCCCCCCCCGAACAGACUCCCAUUAUGUUUCCUUCUUCUUCAUGAGAUUAGCUCCAUUGAAACAGCCGGGCAGUGAAGUGGUCACCCAAAAAGAAUCACCCUGUGUCUUGUAAUCCAGGCCCAUCGUAUUCAGCCUCGUUUUAUUCAACAAUAAGCUACAUGAACACUAAGAAUGGAAUUUGUAAGCAAAAAGGUCAAAGUGGGGGGGGCGGGGCAGGGGGCCCAAAAGGGUCCCGAGCUCAAAUUUGGAACAGGUGGAUGAGCUACAGUUUACAGACGGUGGAGUCGGGGCUUCUCGUGCAGGUGAAGCAGGAAUAAAAGCAACGAUAAAUCUUUGUGAAGGAAGGUCAGCGGGACAGAAAGGCCAUUCGAAAUAACCGAAACCCUCUUUGUACAGUUGUCGAUUGAAUGUAGAAGUUGGCCUGGAUAGUCGUAGCAUUGUUUUGGUGCUAAUUAAAUUUGUAGGAAGCAAGUAAACCUCAGCUUGAAUGAGCUCCUUUAAGUAACACGCGCACACACACACACACACACACACUGCAACACAUGUAUAAAAACGGGAUUUAUUGUCGUGAAUGGGAAGGAAAAAGUAACAAUUUGGUUGAUGACAGCGGGUUAAACAUGUCAAGAGUCACUGAGGUAGGCCAGUUUGACCGGUACGUAUACGAGUGAAAACAAAGUCCAAAUAACUGACCGUUUCCACAGCUCACACUUUGAAACAAAUACAUUUUCAAUGCACACACGAUGGACCCUUCGUUUAUAUCAAGUACUUCUCUACACUAACACCACAGAAUCAAACAUUGCCACCUCUGUGUCACAAGAAAGGAACAUGGGAAAAAAAGCGAUCAUGAUGAUGACGAUGAUGAUUUUUGAUGUUGAACAUUUCUCUUGAUGGAAAGAUUAUGCAUACAAAGUUAUGUUCAAAUUUCA